AUGAGAGCUUUAGGGGUCACACUCCUCGGACUGGCACUGGCCGUCCAGGCUCAGCAACCGCUGUAUGCCCAAUGCGGUGGAAUUGGUUGGACGGGCUCGACUCAAUGCGUCGCUGGUGCAUGCUGCAGCUCUCAGAACGCCUGGUACUAUCAAUGUCUCUCUGGCAACUGCAUGCCCAGCACGACUAUGACCACAACCACCGCUACGCGCACCACGUCGAUAACAACAACCUCGACGAGCACUUCCAGCGCUACUGGAAGCCUGCCUACCAGUUUCAAGUGGAGCUCGACCGAUGCGCUUGUUGGUCCCAAGAACGACGGCCGCAACAUUGCGGGAAUCAAGGACCCCUCUAUCAUAGAGGUUGACGGCACAUACCAUGUUUUCGCAAGCACGGCCCAAGCAUCAGGCUACAAUCUAGUGUACUUUAAUUUCACGGACUUUAGUCAAGCGGGUAAUGCUCCCUUCUUCUAUCUCGACCAGAGUGGGAUUGGGACAGGCUACCGCGCCGCGCCACAGGUCUUCUACUUUGAACCGCAGCAGCUGUGGUACCUGGUCUAUCAGAAUGGAAACGCGGCCUACUCCACCAACAAGGACAUUAGCAAUCCUGCUGGGUGGAGUGCCCCCAAGAACUUCUUCAGCAGUGUUCCUAGUAUCAUCACUCAGAAUAUCGGCAACGGCUACUGGGUGGAUAUGUGGGUUAUCUGCAACGCAUCUAAUUGCUUCCUCUUCUCUUCUGAUGAUAACGGUCACCUCUACCGUUCACAGACCUUUCUGAGCAGUUUUCCCAACGGCAUGGGCAACACGGUUAUUGCGCUCUCUGACUCCAAUGCAUACAACCUCUUCGAAGCUUCGAAUGUAUACCACGUCGGAAAUGAGUAUCUUCUCAUCGUUGAAGCCAUCGGCAGUGAUGGGUACCGGUACUUCCGGUCAUGGACUGCGCCGUCUCUCACGGGUACCUGGACCGGGCUUGCAAACACCGAAGCCAACCCAUUUGCCCGCUCUAAUAAUGUGGUCUUCUCCGGGAGUGCCUGGACCAAGAGCAUCAGCCAUGGCGAGAUGGUGCGCUCCCAGGUGGACCAGACUAUGACUAUCAGCCCGUGCAAGCUCCGCUACCUCUACCAAGGUCUGAAUCCGACGGCGACAGGUGAUUACAACGCGUUGCCGUGGAAACUAGGUCUCCUUACGCAGACCAAUUCGGCUUGUUAG